GUCAGGGUCAGGGUCGGGGUCAAGGUCGUGGUCAAGGCCGGGGUCAGGGCCGGGGUCAAGCCCAAGCCCAAGCUGGAGCUGCGAACGGUGCCCAAAACAACAACGCUGCUCAGAAUAACGCGGCCUGCAAUGGUGCUGCAAACGGUGCUGCAAAAGGUACUGGUAAUGCUGCUACUGGUAACGCUGCUACUGGUAACGCUGCCACUGGUAAUGGUGCUACUGGAAAUGGUGCCACUGGCAAUGCUGCUACUGGCAAUGCUGCCACUGGAAAUGCUGCUACCGGCAACGCUGCUACUGGCAACGCUAAAACCGGCAAUGCUGCUACCGGUAAUGCUGCUACUGGUAGUGCUGCCACUGGUAAUGCUGCCCAGAACGCUGCUCAAGGCCAGCGCCAGGGCCAGCAGGCUCAGAACCGGAAGACCCGCAGGACCGAAAAAGUCUGGAAGGCUUAG